AUGGAGUCCGAGCUCUACGAAGCCGCCAUGAAAGGAAACGUACCUUCUUUGCUUGAGUUGCUCAAAAAAGAUAAGUUGCUUCUCGACCGAAUCAUGAUUGGGAAUCACACUGAGACUCCUCUGCACAUUGCAGCCAUGCUCGGACAUUUGGAAUUUGUGGAAGAGGUUCUAGCUCAAAAGCCCAAGCUGGUAAGAGAGCAAGAUUGUCAAAGUUCGACGCCUCUUCAUCUCGCAGCAGCAAAAGGGUACCUCAACAUAGUGGCAAGUUUAUUAAGAGUUGGCCCUGAAACAUGUUUCGUCUGUGACAAAUACGGAAGAAACCCUCUUCAUGUCGCGGCCAUGAAAGGGCAUGUGGAUGUGUUGGAACUCUUGGUUCGAGCGAGACCUGUUGCAGCUCGUAGUGUCAUCGAACAUGGCCAAACGAUCUUGCACUUGUGUGUGAAGCAUAACAAACUAGAAGCUUUGAAACUUUUGAUGGAUAUCGUGGGCGAUGAUCAGUUCAUCAACUUGAGGGACGAAUAUGGCAACACAAUUUUGCAUUUGGCUGCUGCAGAUAGACAAACUAAGACUAUAGCGUUCCUAACUAAUAAAGGUGUAGACCCAAACAUUACAAACUUAAGAGGUUUCACAGCACAAGGCCUAUUAGCACAAGGUCAGAACACGGAAAUAGCCAUAGAGAUUAUGGAUUCUGUUCCUCAAACUUCAAGGAAUCACGAGCCAUCCAGACGAACAGGCUACGCCAAUAACAUGGCCACCUCCUUCCAUCCACCUGUGGUAGAACAGGACAAAAGGGAAACAAAGAGAAAGUGGCAACACAGUAUGCAUAAGACACUAAUGGUGGUGGCGAUAUUACUAGCUACCAUGGCAUUCCAAACCAGUAUUACCCCGCCUGGUGGCCUUUGGCAAGAAACUAAAGACGACCAUACGGCGGGCGAGUCCAUAAUGGCAGAAAUGUACUCAACACCUUACAAGAUUUUCAUAACAUGUAACACGAUAAGCUUCGUUGCAUCGCUUAGCAUCAUUCUGGUUCUCAUAAGUGGUCUUCCUCUAAAGCGGCUUCGGAUCACCACGUGGAUUGUAAUGCUAACUAUGUGGGUUGCGAUAACCUCCAUGGCGGUCACUUAUGCCAUCUCCAUAUUGGUCUUCACACCGCUUACGGAAUUCCAAAAUACAGUAAACAUAAUUGGAUAUGCGGUGUUGGCGUGGGGUGGAUUAAUGGCUCUUAUUUUCUUGUGCCAUGUCGUUCGCUUAAUAGUGAAGUUGAUUAAAUUAAUUUUGUGCAUGAAAAGGGUGAAGCAGGAGGUGCCGGAGGACUGGGACGAGAGCAUGCCGCUGCCUGGGGACAUCACUGAAGGGUUUGCUGAGGAUGACGCGGACGAUUUCGUGCCAACCAAGGCCCGGUCUGAAUUCAACUCGCAGCUCGGCAAAAUUAGCCAGCAAGCUGAGACUCUGUGGGUGAAGGUGAGGAGGGGCGGCCGCGUGAUUAAGCUCUGGGCGCGCAUCGUGCCUCUUAAGGGCUCGAUGCUCCAGAGGAAGUUCACAUUCUAA